CUGUACCGUCCUGACAUUUGGGGGAUAAUCUGUCCCGUCCUGACAUUUGGGGGAUAUCUGUCCUGUCCUGACAUUUGGGGGAUAUCUGUACUGUUAUCCUGACAUUUGGGGGAUAUCUGUACCGUCCUGACAUUUGGGGGAUAUCUGUACUGUCCUGACAUUUGGGGGAUAUCUGUUCUGUCCUGACAUUUGGGGGAUAUCUGUACUGUUCUGACAUUUGGGGGAUAUCUGUACUGUCCUGACAUUUGGGGGA